AGCCUGUGAGGCGAGACGGUUUACAUACAAGGGGCCAUUGGAACCACUGAAGGAGGCGAACAGCUACACCUUUCACCUCCACUGGCUCAACUCAAUAUGAGGUCAUUAGAACCUGUCCCAAAUUACAUACAGACCGCGCAGUCUAUCUGUCAUGGUGGCAUGGAACCAAGCGGAGACGAGACUGCUGGUGUACGGAGAGACCUACUCCGUUGACUUUACUCCAACCAGAGUUGAGGGAAGGGGGACCCACGAGUGUUGGACGGCAGGUAGGCGGAGUAGAUCUGGAGUAUCAGAGCCACGACAGAUCUGCAAUCUGAUUGGUCGGAUGUCGGUGACCAGAGAGCGAAGUGGGAUUGACGAUGUUCCUUCAUCAUUGGUAGCUCUCCAGCAG